AUGUCACAUUGUGCCAGUCUGCCCGGCAACAAACAGCUGGACAGAGAGUAAUUAUGAUUAUAAUUUAAAAAAGUAUUUUAUUUUAUUUAAUUUCAUUGAUAAUUGAAUGUACUGUGAACACAAUGUUAUUCCUCCAUAGCAUUACUUUAGGAUGUAGUUUUAACCAGGAGUGGUUAUCUGUUGGAUGCUAUGUGUUACUUGUGUUCUGUUAUAGUGUGGUGCUACUAUUUUUACUUGUACAAUAUCUUCUUCACAUCUACCAGACAGUGACAUAGUUGCACAGUCACAUUGUUGUACUACAGGGCUUUAACUUUUGAUAUAGCUCAUGUCUUCUCUACUACUUCAUCCCAACAGGCUUGUGGAGGGACACCCAUGCUGUGUCGCCCGUGCCCUCUGUCCCAAACAGUGUCCCUGCCUUGGCAGGCUCCUGCGUGGCCAUCCCCUGCUCCUUCACUCCUCCAGCCUCUCACUCCGUCCUGGGCAGGCAGGGAAAGAAGGUGGGCGUGAGGCUGCGCUACAGGACUAGUCACUACCUCCCCCUGCGGAGAACAGCUUUCAGUACAGAUGACAAAUCCAAAGUCAGCAAGGAGUUCCUGGGCCGGACAUCCUUACGGGGAAACACGGACGAUGGAGACUGCUCUGUAAUGAUUGACAGGGUCCACCUGGCUGACUCCUAUGUCUAUGAGCUGUCGCUGAAGGGCCGUGGACAGAAAGACUGGGGGGAGGCGAGGAGUGUCGAACUCGUUAUGUCAGGUGAGAGGGAUCCCAUCUCACAGAAUUACAUACACUUGAGUAUACCAAACAUUUGGAACACCUUCCUAAUAUUGAGUUGCACCCUUCCUUUUGCCCUCAGAACAGUCUCAAUUCGUCGGGGCAUGGACUCUACAAGGUGUCGAAAGCGUUCCACAGGGAUGCUGGCCCAUGUUGAUUCCAAUGCUUCCCACAGUUGUGUCAAGUUGGCUGGAUGUCCUUUGGGUGGUGGACCAUUCUUGAUUCACAUGGGAAACUGUUGAGCGUGAAAAACCCAGCAGCGUUGCAGUUCUUCACACAAACUGCCUGGCACCUACUACAAUACCCAGUUCAAAGGCACUUAAAGCUUGUGUCUUGCCCAUUCACCCUCUGAAUGGUACACAUACACAAUCCAUGUCUCAAUUGUCUCAAGGCUAAACAUCUAUUUUUAACCUGUCUCCUCCCCUUCAUCUACACUGAUUAAAGUGGAUUUAACAGGCGAUAUCAAUAAGGGGAUCAUAGCUUUCGCCUGGAUUCACCUGGUCAGUCUAUGUCAUGAAAGAGCAGUUGCUUAAUGUUUUGUAUCCUCAGUGUAUUUAUUGUUAUUUAACAGGAUCUCUGUGUCUCAUCUCUUAUUAUAUAGUAGAGAUAAAGUAACUGCUAUCCUUUUCGUUGUUAUAUAAGAUAGUUAUUUUAUAUGGCUCAUGUUAAAACACCAAUCUACCAAUUUUUACACAACCUGAGUUGAAUUAUCCCUAAUGCUAAUGGACUAAAUCAAACAAAAUAUUUACUUUAUCCUCAUUUAGACUAUGUUCAUCAGGUCAGUUCUUAUCUCUCUUUGUCCCCCUCACUGACAGACUCCCCAGAACUCCCAGUGAUCAGCGGUGUGGGGGCAGCGGCAGAAGGACAGGUGGUUUCACUAAACUGCAGCAUCAGUUACUCCUGUCCCUCCCAGGCCCCCACCCUCCAGUGGCGGUGGGAGAGAGGAGCCCAGGAGAACAACAUCGAGUACGGGGAGCCGCAGGUACUCCAGACCCAGGGCCAGAGGCCUACACUACGGGCCUCUCUCACCUUUACCGCAUCGUACCGCAUCAAACCCAGAAUGAGGUGUGAGGCAGUAUAUCCAGGAGAAAGAAGAGUAUACACCGUAAAGGAGCUCCAUGUGACAUGUAUGUACUUUUCUAUAUAAAGUUACGAUUGUGUGCAAUGCUAAGCCAUUGAUAUUGAAACCAGGGCCCAUUUUCACAGUGUUUCAGAGUGCUGAUCUAGGAUCAAUUUUUACUUAUAGAUUGUAAUGAAUAAGAUUAUAUAGGCUGGGGGGGGUGAUGCUUCAUGAAUACUGGCCUUGAUUGCUAUUGUAUCUCUCCUCCAGUCCCUCCAAAAGAUGUCACAGUCCAGGUCCAUACCUUGACUGUCCAGGAGGGGGUGAACGUGUUGCUGGCCUGCUCCUGUAAAGCUGACCCGCCUGUGUCCGUGUACAGGUGGUCAUACACCCAACAUGGGCUAACUGUAAACCUUCACCAGCGCACACACAUGGUCAGGGUGUACAACGUGACCCGAGACCUGAGGGUCCGCUGCACAGCCCAGAACCUAAUUGGACAGGCAGAGUCCAAACCGACUUCCUUAAACAUUCAAUGUAAGCAUUCUGUAGAGUCAAUGUUUGAUAGGUUAUUUGCUUCCAAUUCCUGGGUAUGGAUUUAAACUGCUGCUAUUUGUACAGUUGUACACUUUACAUUGUGAUACAAGAACAAUAUUUUGAAUUGAGAAGUUCUUGAAAUAUGGUGUCAUAACCUCUAAGGUAAGACCCCUUUACAGUAGGUCCCAGGGACUCUAACAUCCCUGAUCCUUCUAUGAUGCUGCCUCUUUCUCUCUUUCGCUUUCUCGCUUCUCUCUCUCUCUCUCUCUCUCUCUCUCUCUCUCUCUCUCUCUCUCUCUCUCUAUCUCUCUCUCUCUCACCCUCCCUUCUUCUAUCCCCCAGACAAGCCUGUCAUCCUCCAUCUCUCCUCCUCCUGUGUUGUGGAGAGGUUGGAGGUUCUGUGUCGCUGUUCUGUGGACUCCAACCCCCGGCCUGCCGUAACCUGGAGUGUCAACGGUAGUGUUCCACCAUACAGUUACAACACAUCAGUAAGCUCAGAGAACGGUACACUAACAGCCAUGCUGAGGGGCCACAUGGACACUCCACUGAUGGUAGUCUGCUUUGCCAUUAAUGCACUGGGCAACGACUCCCACACACUGCUUCAGGCAGAGGACGGUAAGCAUCGGGGCACCACACCACACAAGUUAAAUACAAUGGUGCAUCUCAAUUGUAUUUUCUUGACUCCUCGCUUCCUCUCUCCUCGCUUCCUUCUCUAAACGCAUUGGAAGAGAAGGUCAGAGGAAAGGAACCUCUGACCUUCUCCUCCCAUGCAUUUUGAGAAGAAGGCGAGGAUCGAGGACAUGUGGAAACAGGGAAACACAAUUGAGAUGCACACACAUUAUACAUUGUGUGUUGUAGGCAGCAUCUGCACUAUGAGUAAAACAUGAGGAUGAAAUACUAAGCAUGAAUCAUUCAUGGUCACUUAGGCCUAUACUUUCAGAUGAUUCUUCAUGAAUUCAUUAAUGGUUCCUGUAAUGUCACUGGUUGGUUGACCUGUUCCAAUAGUAUACUAUAAUAAUACAGUAUAAUAUAAGAUAAUAAAAUAAUCUGUUGAAGGUUGAAGAGCUAAAAAAGUGUUCUCCUGUUUUUACAUUGUUUUUGUUGUUGACUGACAGGUUCUCUGCUGUGGAAAGUGAUACCUGCAGUAUGCAUCUCUUUGGCCACCUUCCUCCUCUCUCUACUCCUCCUGUUCUGCUGUCGAAAGAGGUCCGAAAAGUAAGAAACACAUUUUCUGAGACUUAGUUGUCUCUGUCUUCUCUAACGUCUGCCAACAUUGUGCCUCAGUUACUUCAGGUGGCUUACAAACUUGGAAUAGCCAAAUGAUAUACCAGUACAUCAAACAUAUGUUGUUUCAUUUAAGAUACCAUUGAAUAGAAUUAUGAAAGAGGAACUAUUCAUUCACAUGUAAAACCGUUCUAAGAGGAUAAAUAUUUAAUCUUAAAAGUAGAUGUUUCAUUAUGAUGUCCUCUCUAAUCCAAACUCUUGUCUUUGUCUUCUUUCCUUAAAGUCGUGUGCUGACCAGUAGACCUCCUAUGUAUCCUGGGGACAUGGGGAUCUACCAGGAUCGGAUGCCCCUCUACAUCAACUGCACUGAGGUCACCAACAUCUACACCAAUGGCAGCUACCAGCUGGUUUACCAGAACUGCACCCCUCUUUUUGUCCGGACCAAACAGGUACACCUGCUGUUCUGUGCCAAAAAUAUAAUUUUGCUUGUAAAUGGGUAUGUUACAAUACAAUACAAUACAAUGCAAUACAAUAGCUCUAUUAUCCAUUGAAACAUAAAUGUCCAAUGAAAUGGUGUGAUUAACCACAUGAUGUUGUGUCCCAGACACAUCCGAUGGGGAGGCGAGGUGGGGAGAGACGAGGUGGCGAGAGGAGAGGGGGAGAGAGAAGAGGAGGUGAGAGACGAGGAUGGGAGAGAAGAGGAGGAGAGAGGCAAGGGGGCAUGGUGGACAGAGGAACAAGAGACAGACAAAGCCCUGCCUCCACUGACACUAAUACUGAAACAGCUAUCUACCUGGAGAUCAUCUGA